AGGACCGCAAAGAUGGCUGCCCCUGCAAGUGGCAAUGGAGACUUUUCUUCGUGACAUAAGAAAUUAGUAUUAACUGAAGGCACUGUAGUUAGAAAAUAUGGGUUUUAUUAGACACGUCGUGUGCGCCAUGUCCGGAGGAGUGGACAGCUCUGUCGCCGCGUUGUUACUGAAGAGAAGAGGUUACAGUGUAACAGGGGUUUUUAUGAAGAACUGGGACUCCCUGGAUGAGAGUGGCGUGUGCAACACAGAGACAGACUGUGAGGACGCCUACAGGGUCUGUCAGAGCCUGGACAUCCCCUUCCAUCAAGUGUCUUACAUCAAAGAGUACUGGCAUGAAGUGUUCAGUAAACUGUUACAGGACUAUGAGAAGGGGAGGACGCCAAACCCAGACAUACUAUGCAACAAGCACAUCAAAUUCAACCAUUUCCACAAGUAUGCCAUCAACACGCUGGGUGCUGAUGCCAUGGCAACAGGACACUAUGCCCGGACGUCACAGGAAGACGACGAGGUGUUCGAACAGAAGACCAUAGCGCCACAGACAACUCUCUUCAGAGAUCGUUUUGAGAUCAGAAAUCCGGUAAGGAUGUAUCAAGCAGCCGAUCUCUUCAAAGACCAAACCUUCUUCCUCAGUCAGAUCUCCCAGGAUGCCUUGCGACAAACCAUGUUCCCGCUGGCCGGACUCACCAAAGGCUUUGUCAAAAAGAUUGCUGCGGAGGCAGGGUUUCACCAUGUGCUGAAGAAGAAGGAGAGCAUGGGCAUCUGCUUCAUUGGAGAGAGAAACUUUGAAAGCUUUAUUUUGGAGUAUCUGGAACCUAAACCAGGGAAUUUUGUCUCCCUUGAGGACGGGGCUGUUAUGGGAACACACAAAGGCUGGUUCACUAUGACGCUAGGCCAGAGGGCCAAAAUUGGAGGGCAGAGAGACCCUUUUUUUGUGGUGGACAAAGACAUCACUACUGGGGAUGUGUUUGUGGCUCCUACUACCAACCACCCGGCUCUUUUCCGUGACAUGAUGCGGACGGACCGCUUCCACUGGGUAACGGUCGAACCGCCUGCUGAACUAGUCAAGACCCAGAUGAUGGAGUGUCAUUUCCGCUUCAUCCACCAGAUGCCACUCAUUCCCUGUACAGUGACACUGAACAUGAACGGCUCUGUGUGGAUCUCUCUCUCCAGACCAGUCCGAGCUCUGACACCUGGACAGUUUGCCGUGCUCUACAAAGGAGACGAGUGUCUGGGCAGUGGGAAGAUCAUGCAGCUGGGGCCCAGUGAGUUCACCCUGCAGCGGGGCAGAGAGCGCCUGUUAGCGGCCGCUCAGCAGAAGGAGCAGCAGACUCCUGAACCGGCCAGCUGAGAGGACCCCCCCCGCCAAGCUGUGGUGGAAAAGAGCUCUGUCCGGUACAUUAGGUAGAGCACACUGUUUAAGAAGAUAAACUGUCUCUAAGAAACAGCUUUGUGACAAAGUGUCUGUUCCGGACUCACUUUUAAAAAACAGUAAACAGGUUUUUUUCUGUAAUACGUUUAGUGUUGGACACUAAAAGGUUAUCUACUAGCUGCUAAGAAGAACCAUCUGUAUUCAAGCCAAGGUGUAUUUAGCAGGGGAGAAUGGGGGGCUGCAUUUGAAGUAAUGUGUGUUCUUUUUACUGUAGUACUUUCUGGAGCAGCCCCAAGAGUAUGUAGUGUUGCAUGCAGUAUGUAUUCAGUACAGGGACAUACUACCUCAUCCUGACAUUGCAACUUGAACUUCAACCCCCUCUUGUUCAUAUAUCCGUCAAGUCCGUAGCAUGAUGAGCGGUCCUCAGGAUGUCUGUGCUCUCUUGGUGCCUCAGUCGAUGUGACCUAUCAGGAUUGUGGGUCAGAAUAGCAAGGAAAUCAAGUUUGAACUUUAAGCUAGCAGAGGGUUAAUAGUUGUCAACUGAUGGUUGACACAAUUUCGGGGCCUGUUAUCUGGGAAUGAAAGUGACACUUAUAUGUUCUUGUUUGUUCACUGUAAUGUUAUUUCGACCUUAUUUUUCGGUAUGUUUGUUCUAUCAUUUCUGAGACUUUCCCUCCUGUCCUUUACCUUUUUUAUGACUGUCAGUAAUGUUCACCAUACCUCUGUGCUAACCUAUAUAUGUUAAGAUAUGAAUCACCUUGAUUUUUUUAUCAAUGAUAAAAAUCCUUAUUUAGUUUGAUGGGUUGUCCUAUAGUUAUUGGUCCACAAGGGGGCGCUGUUAUACAAGAUUACCCUACAGGUGUGAACCUGUUGUUCUCAAGUCAGCAUUGUUCUGUCACCUUCUGUCUAUGUUCUUAUAAGUCCUGAUGAAUGUCACAGUAGAUAUUUUUUAAACACAUUUUAUUUCCUUUUGUAUGAUUUCCUAGAAGAGAUUAUUCUUGUGUCAAGUUUUGAAAAGUGUUUUCAUCGAAACAUUCAUUUUCUUUGUGGGGAAAAACAAAGGUGAUAAGUAAUAAGGGAUAAUAAAGGCUCAUUCAACACCA